GCCCGAAGUCCUCCAGCCCUACGUGGGCACUGACCGGAUCUCUGCCCCCAGACACACCCCCCUCAGAUACAUUGGGCCCAACCAGCCCCGGCCGCGCCAAUGAGCCCAGGGCACCGACAAGGGCUGCUGCUGAAGCAGCCAGAAGUAUAAGGGCAGAGCAGCUGGCUGCCUUUGCCCAGCACCCCAAGCUCGGCCCACCCUAUGGAGCACUGAGGAGUGUGGACCCAGGAGUCCCUGAGCGCUCGGCCCCACCAUGCCUCAGCCCAGCCUCCUGCCCCUGCUGUUGGUGCUGCUGGUGCUGGGACUGGCUGGAGCUGCACCGCUCUCCAAGCAGGAGGUCACCCGAUGCCUUGAAGAGGCCCUCAAAGACAAGUUAGCCCAGGGGGGCCCUGGGGAAGGGCCGUGCCUGCAGCUCUUCCAAGAAGAUGAAAGCCUCACGAGCCUGCUCCGGACCCUGGAGGAGCUUGGGCACCAAGAGAUCUCCAAGCACCACCUGGGUCCUGAGCACGAGGCAGAGAAAGAGGAGCAAGAGGAUUUCAGGAAGAAAAAGAGGGGCCCAGGGGCACCUGAGGGGGAGAAGAGAUUGGGCCAGGAGGUGAGGGAGGAGGAAGAGGAAAGAGAGGAGGUGAAGGCCAAGGAAAAGUCAGAGAUCAAGGAACAGGAGGUCUUGGGUCAGGCCCGGGUUCGAGAGGAGGAAGAGAAGAGGGGACCAGCUGAGACCUGGCUCUCCCAAGAGUCCUUUAACGAGCUCCGGAAGCGCAGACUGGAGGGCACCCAUGGCUCUGAGGAAGGGAAAACAGGGGCCUGGGACCUAGAGAAGAGGGUGGCAGAGAAGGCCAGUGAUGAGGAGACAGCCCAGUUUGAGGAGGAAGAGAAGGGGGUAAGGGUGUCAGGUGGAGGCCACAGCUUGUGGCAGGGGGCUGGUCCCACCCCCAGACACCACCACCACCAGCCCCAUCCUGAGCAGGAGUCAGAAGAGGAAGAAGAGGAGGAGGAGGCGGCAGAGAAGAAGGAACAACAUGAGCUGGAGCGCCUGGAGCAGAUGGGGGAGGAGCUGAAGAGGGCAGCCGAGGCACUGGGCAGGAGGGGCUGAGGAGCAACUGACUCUAGUGCCCCCCCCCCCAAUCUGGCCAUGGACCGGUUCCUGCCCUUUUUGCUCACACCCAGGAGGUGGAGAGAGGGUCACCAUAAAAAUGGACUUGUGGGAGGAAGGGGGCCAGGGACUUUGCCCCCCAUCCUGUUACCCCCUCCCCCAAAGUGAAUAAAGCACAGAUAAAAAGCA